UGAUGUUGUCUGCAUUCAUAUUUGCGUACCCUGUUCUCCACCCCAAGUUGGGGCCAUCUAGUUCACGUCUGUGUCCUGAGCACCAAAAAGUCCUGGAUGGAUUGGGCAGGACUCAGGGUUCACAGGGAGUAUGCCCCCUCCCCCCAAGGAAGUGGCGCCCAGCCCUUUCCACAAUGCAGAUGCACUUUCCUGUUGGGAAUAAAGGGCCAGAGGUUCAGCUUCCUUCCUUUCCAGCAUUUGGCCUUGGGGAAGGAGGGGCCUUGGACAGAGGAGGGUGCUCCUGGGCAGGGAGGUGGUACAGAGGCUUCCUUGGGGAGAAGUCUGCUGCGUGCUGAGGUGUGGGCUGGAACUGCCCAGGCCUCGUGAGCCGGGGAAGAGAACACUCAGUUCUGCCCUGAAGACUGGGGGAGAGGGACAUCCUCAAGGCCAAGACUGUUUUCAACGGAGAAAGAACUGGAUGCCUGGUCAAGUCUGAGGGCCCUAGACUGAGGCCACAGCUCACAGGAGCAUCCAUUCUGUCUGCUUGAACCCAGACUCUUGCCCCCACUCGUACCUCAUCUUCGGCUCCUCCAGGGACUGCCAUGGACUCAGCAACCAAGGAUGAAAUGCAGCCCUCACUUCCUCCCGGCUCUUCCUGCCCAGGGCCUGAGUGGCCAGAGCAGGAGAGGGCGGAGCAGCUUGCCCGAGGAGCAGCACUCAAGUGGGCCUCGGGUAUCUUCUACCGGCCGGAGCAGCUGGCCAGACUGGGCCAGUACCGCAGCCGUGAGGUUCAGCGUACCUGUUCCCUGGAAGCACGGAUCAAGUCAGUGGUGCAGUCCUACCUGGAGGGCGUGAAGACUGGUGUGUGGCAGCUGGCCCAGGCUUCUGAGGCCGUGCAGGGAGCCCGUGAGGCCCUGGGCCAGGCCCAUGGGUUGCUACAGGGUAUGGCAGAGACCACACAGACCCUGAAACCGCUGCGGGAACAGGUUGCACAGCACAAGCGGCUGCAGGUCCUGUCUCAGCUGCUGCCCCGGCUAUGGGCAGUGCCAGCUGCAGUGGCCCACACGCAGACCCUGAUUGAUGCCCAGCGGCUCUUGGAGGCAUAUGUGUGUCUUCGGGAGCUGGAGCAGUUACAAGAAGAGACAUGGGCCCCUCUGGAGGGCCUGGAGUUGCCAGUCUUUGAGGGGCUGGGCCCUCUGGCUGAGGCUCUCGGCCAGGCAGUGGAAGCAGCUGCAGGGGCCGCAGGGCAGCUGGCACGGGAGGACCCAGCCUUGCUGGUGGCUGCUGUGCGUGUGGCGGAGGUGGAUGCUGGGUACAUGGCCUCCCUGGAGCUGGCCCCCAGGGACUGGCGGCAGCGCUGUCUGCAGGCAUUACAGGAGGGCCUGGAGAGGACCCACUUUGGGACACCUCUUCUUCCUGAGCCGGGGGCCCUGGCAGGGUGGCUGGAAGCCCUGCGGGUGGCUUUACCAGCUGAGUUGGCCAUAGCUGAAGCACUAGUAGCACCCUGCUGCCCACCACACUACAAAGUGGUCCAGCUGUGGGCCCACACCCUGCACAGUGGACUCCGCCGCUGCCUGCAGCAACUCUUGGAAGGGCCUGGACUAGGAGCUGCUGAUGCCUUCACCUUGCUGCACUGGGCACUGCAUGUGUACCCGGGGCCAGAGAUGAUGGGGAGCCUAGAGUUGGGGCCUGAGGCUGACGUAUCUCAGCUGGAGCCCCUUCUGACUCUGGAGAACAUUGAACAGCUGGAGGCAACAUUUGUGGCCCAAAUCCAGGCAAAUGUGACCCAGUGGCUGCAGAGGACACUGGACGGGGAGGUAGCUGAGUGGAACCGAGAGCAGGAACCUGGCACAGACUCUUCUGGCUUCUACCACUCACCUAUGCCGGCCAUAGUGUUGCAGAUCCUGGAAGAGAACAUUCGCGUGACCAGCCUGGUCAGCGAGUCACUGCAGCAGCGGGUGCAUGGCAUGGCACUAUCAGAACUGGGCACAUUCCUGAGGAGGUCUGCCAAGGCACUGACCCACGUCCAACCCCUAGCCCUGCUCCUGGGGCAGCCCAAAGGGGAUCUGAGUGAAUUAGACACACUAGGAGGAAAGGGCGUCUUCAAAACAGGCUCUUGGGUUUCUUUGAGCUUUAGUGAUGCUCUGAUCCGAUUCUCUCGAGACCAUGCCAGUGGGGAAGCAACGGCUCCUCAUUACGUGCCCUACCUACUGGCCACCCUCAACCACCAGUCAGCACUCAGCUCCUCCGUGUCAGGCCUGCAGCCCGAAGGGGCGGCUUCGGGAGCUUUGGCUCCGGUGGAGACAGCGCUGGACGAGUUACAGAGGAGGAUCUGCCGCCUGGUGUUGGAGGCGCUGCUGGCAGAGCUCCAACCCCUGUUCGCGGCUCUGCCCUCACGCCGGUGGCUGUCGAGCCCAGAGCUACUGGACGAUGUGUGCGAGCGGACAGCGCGCUUCUGCCAGGAGUUUAGGCGCGUGCGGAAUCCUGCGGCCCAGCUGCUCCUGGCCGAGGCGGAACGUAUGGUGGUACUGCAGUACCUACGUGCGCUGAUGCAGGGCCGCCUAGUGUGCCGAGGAGCCCACGAGAGGACCCAGGUGGCCGAGCGCCUGCAGCACGACGCGGCCCAGCUUCGGGAGCUUUUCCUUGGUUUGGGCCUGGAGGAGAGUGUUCAGUGCGCACCAGUGCUCCUCGCUCUGCGGGAUAUGUUGAACCUCCGCGACCCCAUGCUGCUUGGCCUCGAGGUGGCGGGUCUACGACAAAAAUUUCCGGACGUGAGCGAGGAUCAUAUCUCUGCCCUCUUGGACCUGCGCGGGGACGUGUCGCGGGAGCAGCGCCUGGCCGCACUCAGCUCCUUGCAGGCCGGACCGCAGCCCUCGCCCUCUGCCGGUCGCCGCGCACUCUUCAGCCUCGUCCCAGCACCUACUCCUGCGCUGUCCUCUUGCCUUCCCUCGGGGCCCUGUGCCUGACGCCCGGCUGCCCUCCGGAUACAGGGAUGGCCCCCAGACGCCUGAAUUGUGUAUUGGAGAAGGGGGUAUAAAAUAAAAGUGCGAUGAUUAGGGGGUUCACGCUCAGUGAAACGCCUAAGGUA